AUGCACCCGCCACCAAAGCACAGGCACCCGCCACCCACCCACAUGCACCUGCCACCAAAGCGCAUCCACCAGUCACCAAACCACAUGCACCCACCACCAACCCACAUGCACCCACCACCAACCCACAUGCACCCACCACCAACCCACAUGCACCCACCACCAACCCACAUGCACCCACCACCAACCCAAGUCAGUCAUAGUAGCAGCAGUGGACCCAAAGGUGUUUCAACGGCCACCGUCGGCGGGUCAGGGCCGGCUGGUCUAGGCGGUCCGCAGACGGCCCCUACUCGUGCGACCCCGUGGUCUGCCAACGGUCGGGUUGAGACGACCUGCCGGAAGGUCCGUCGAGCAUUCCGUGGGAUGGCAUUGCCACCGGCCUACCUUCACUUCCAGGCUGAGGUUGCUAGCCCCCGGAAGCGAAGUUCGGUCGGUGGAAUGCCGUACCACGGAGUGCUCAAAGGACCGUCCGGCGGGUCGUCCCCCCGAACGUCGGAUAGACCACGAGGGCGCACUUUUACCGGAUCUGGCGGCGGCUGA